UAUAAAGUUUAAACCUCUCUCACGACUAAAUCACACCUUCGCUAAAAUAGCAACAAUUUCACGGCGACCGCAAUUCCUACUCUGCAAGUUUCUUCGUUACUGAUCUGCUCUUGAAGAAAAACCCUAUUUCAGAAAAAAAAAAAAAAAGGAAAAAAAUUGCACUGAUUUCAACUAUGGCGACGCAAAAACCCACACGAACGCCGGCGGAAAUCGAGGAUAUUAUCCUGCGGAAGAUAUUCCUUGUGUCGCUCAUCGAUUCCAUGGAGAACGAUCCACGAGUUGUGUACCUGGAGAUGUCGGCGGCCGAGAUUAUGAGCGAGGGCAAGGAGCUGAAAUUAUCGCGAGAUUUGAUGGAGAGGAUUGUAAUCGAUCGGCUGUCCGGCGGCUUCGUCGCCGCCGAGCCGCCGUUCCAGUACUUGGUCAAUUGCUAUCGCCGGGCGUGUGAGGAAGGGAAGAAAAUCUCGUCGAUGAAGGAUAAAACCGUUAGGUCAGAAAUUGAAAUUGUAGUGAGACAAGCGAAGAAAUUGGCAGUUUCUUACUGUAGGAUUCACUUGGGGAAUCCUGACAUGUUCCCCAAUCACGAUACGAACAAAUCGUCGAACGUUUCGCCUCUGCUGCCGUUGGUUUUCGCAGAGGUCGGGGGUAGUCUGGAUGGGAUUGGAGGGAGUAGUAGUGGGGCAUCCUCUGCUCCCGGUUUUCUCGAGGAAUUCUUUAGAGACGCUGAUUAUGAUUCAAUUGAACCAGUUAUGAAGCAGUUGUAUGAGGAUUUGAGAGGGAGCGUGUUGAAGGUUUCGGCUCUCGGGAAUUUUCAACAGCCGUUAAGGGCACUGUUAAUGUUGUUGAAUUUCCCAGUUGGGGCAAAGGCAUUGGUAAGUCAUCCGUGGUGGAUUCCGAAAAGUUUGUAUUUGAAUGGGAGAGUGAUUGAGAUGACUAGUAUAUUGGGGCCCUUUUUUCAUGUUAGUGCAUUGCCCGAUCAUGCUAUAUUCAAGACCGAGCCUGAUAUUGGUCAACAGUGCUUUUCUGAUUCCUCAACUCGCCGCCCAUCUGAUCUUAACUCGGCCUUUACAACUAUCAAAACUGUUAUGAACAACUUGUAUGAUGGGCUGGCAGAAGUUCUUAAGUGCCUCCUAAAAAAUACAAAUACUCGUGAGAAUGUUCUUGAGUACCUUGCGGAGGUCAUCAACAGAAAUUCUUCAAGGGGACAUUUGCAGGUUGAUCCAUUAUCUUGUGCUAGUUCAGGCAUGUUUGUAAAUCUUAGUGCUGUACUGCUUCGUUUAUGUGAGCCAUUCUUAGAUGCCAAUUUGAUAAAAAGGGACAAAAUUGAUCCUAAUUAUGUAUUUUACGGUAACCGCCUGGAAAUGAGAGGAUUGACUGCUUUACAUGCAUCAUCGGACGAAGUAUCUGAAUGGUUUGACAGUAAUACUGCAAAAGCUGAUAAUGGACAAAACCGGUUGUUAGAAUCUCAAGAAGCUACAAGUUCUAGUAGUAAUGCUAGUAAACCUUCUCUCCUCCAAAAUAGUAAUCCUGUGCCCAGAAGUAGUGAAAAGGUCAAGUACACAUUCAUAAGUGAAUGCUUCUUCAUGACUGCUAGGGUGCUUAACUUGGGGUUGCUAAAAGCAUUUUCGGACUUCAAACACCUUGUUCAGGAUAUUUCCAGAUCUGAAGAGACUUUAUCCUCAUUCCAAGCCAUGCAAAGGCAAGCGCCUUCUCCUCAAUUGCAACAAGAUAUAACCCGCCUUGAAAAAGAAAUUGAAUUGUACUCACAGGAGAAGUUGUGCUAUGAAGCUCAAAUCCUAAGGGAUGGAGGGAUUCUUCAGCGUGCAUUAUCUUACUACCGCCUGAUGGUAGUUUGGUUGGUUAGUCUGGUAGGGGGGUUUAAAAUGCCAUUACCCCCAACAUGUCCAAAAGAAUUUGCUUCUAUGCCUGAGCAUUUUGUAGAAGACACCAUGGAAUUGCUAAUUUUUGCGUCGCGAAUUCCUAGAGCUUUAGACGGUGUUGUGCUGGAUGAUUUUAUGAAUUUCAUCAUUAUGUUCAUGGCCAGUCCCGAAUACAUCCGAAAUCCAUAUCUAAGAGCCAAAAUGGUUGAAGUCCUUAAUUGCUGGAUGCCUCCGAGAAGUGGCUCAAAGACAACAGGAACUUUGUUUGACGGGCACCAAUUAUCCCUCGAGUAUCUAGUGAAGAAUCUUCUGAAGCUUUAUGUUGAUAUCGAAUUCACUGGUUCCCACACUCAGUUCUACGACAAGUUUAACAUCCGUCACAACAUUGCCGAACUCCUCGAGUAUUUAUGGCAGGUUCCCAGUCAUCGUAACAUCUGGAAAAAGAUUGCUAAGGAGGAGGAGAAGGGCGUUUAUCUCAACUUUUUGAACUUUUUGAUUAAUGAUAGCAUUUUUCUCUUGGAUGAAAGUCUUAACAAAAUCCUUGAACUUAAAGAAAUAGAAGCGGAGAUGUCUAAUACUGUGGAAUGGGAGAGACGACCAGCCCAAGAAAGGCAGGAGAGAACACGGGUUUUCCACUCUCAGGAGAAUAUUAUUAGGAUCGAUAUGAAAUUGGCAAUGGAAGAUGUGAGCAUGCUGGCGUUCACUUCAGAGCAGAUAACGGUCCCUUUUCUUUUACCGGAAAUGGUCGAAAGGGUUGCUAGCAUGCUGAAUUAUUUUUUGUUGCAACUUGUGGGGCCACAAAGAAAAUCCCUUACAUUAAAAGACCCUGAGAAGUACGAGUUUCGACCAAAAGUGUUGCUAAAGCAGAUUGUUACCAUAUACGUUAACCUGGCGAAAGGAGACAAGGAUAAUAUUUUCCCUGCAGCCAUCACAAGGGAUGGUCGUUCGUACAAUGAACAGCUAUUUGGUUCUGCAGCUGAUGUCUUGAGAAGAAUUGGGGAAGAUGGUAGGAUGAUACAAGAGUUUGUUCUGCUCGGAGAAAAAACAAAAAUUGCCGCUUCAGACGCUAUGGAUGCUGAGGCUGUCCUUGGAGACAUACCCGAUGAAUUCCUUGACCCAAUUCAGUACACUUUAAUGAGGGAUCCCGUCAUUUUGCCUUCGUCAAAAGUCGUAUUGGACAGACCAGUUAUUCAGAGGCAUCUUUUGAGUGAUAGUACGGAUCCAUUCAACCGGUCUCAUCUGACCGCUGACAUGUUAAUACCCGAUGUGGAGUUGAAGGCGAAAAUUGAAGAAUUUAUCAAAUCCCAAGAACUGAAAAAACGUGGGGAAAGCUUGGGCGCGCAAACUGCCAAAGCCACUAUACAGACAACUGAUACAACCACCUUAAUCGAUUAACAAAUAUUCAUAGGAUGCCCUAAUAUGUGUAAAUUAAAUUCGAGUUAUGCGUUUCGUAAUCAGUCAAUAUUUAAUAGAAAAUGUUAUGGCGACGACUGGUUUCUUUUUCCUUUUUUGCAUCAUAUAUUUUUCUUUCUAAGGUGGUAAUGGAACUGUUGGAUACUUUAAUGUUCGACUCUCCUUAAAUUUUCAGUUAUUCGAUUUCAUUUAUG